GUUCGUACUAAUAAUAUGAAUAAUAAUUUGUAGAUGGGUAGCUACACAGUAGCAGAUGAAUAUAGGUUAACAAAUUAUUAUAUUCUGAACUUGAGAUAAACUGGAUUGUUUCAAAUAUGAAAACCUGUAAUUUUAGUGCAGAUCAGAUAUGGCGCUGAGAUAUUAAACUAAAUUGUAAAUAAGGCGUCUUUAAAUAGAGUCUGUAUUUUGCGCUUAUAAAAAAUGGUAUGGAAUAGAACCUCGGUACUCACAUAUUAAUGUAUAUAUAUAUAUAUAUAUUUGAUUUUUAUUUAACUUCUCAUUUAGACAAAUAAAUUGUCAGGGAAGCAUGGCCUCUUUCCAUCGUAUCGCUGUUCCUUCAAAUGCUAAAGAAGGAGACGCUGCAUCGGUACGAGGUUGUUACUAGGAAUAAGCGCAUAUCGCUCUGUCCAAAGUUCACAAUUUGAUUUGAUUUAACUGACAUACAAACGGUCUACUAUUUGACAAUGGUUGUUUUGCCGUUUAUAUGGAGCGGCAUUGGUGUGAGAUCAAUGAGUGGGUUGUGGAUCGUUAUGGCAGGCGACGUCAUCCUCGGCCGGACGGCUGUAAUACGCUGUUAUGCUGGUAGCAUACGUGGUUGAAAUGCUGCAUUGAACGAAUCGCCGGACGAUCUGCUACGGCGACACCCUCGCCCUCGGCCGGAGGAGCAAUGGCCCCUUUUGGUUCUUUGAGAGGUGUCGCCUGUCAGCGCUAUUGCCGGCCACAACAGCCAUAUAGCAACAGUGGGGGAAUCAAACGCGAGUAAGCGCAAGCUUUCAACAGCUGUAGUAACUGUAGAGGCAGCCUUCUGUGAAACGAAAGACGUUUCUCAUGGCAACAAAAUAAGCAUAUCGAAGAGUUUAGAAUAGAAAUAAUAAUGGAGGUCCUGCCGGAUCAUGUUUAUCUUGAUUAAAUGUGUAUGUCGAAAAUAAUGCUAAUUAAAACAUUUUUCGUGAUGCUGACUACCGGCGACAGUCGCGUUUUCGAACAAAUGUGGUAGCUGAUCACAGCUCAAGAGCGGUAUCACCGGUUGUCUUCGGCGAUGCCAAACGGCGUUCCAAGCCGGCAAGCCGAAGUCUGAAGUUCGGCGCCGCAUGGGUCCUUCGCCGCUGAAGUAGUUCUGAGCUAGUUACGCACUCCGCUUACUUCUGUGUCUAACUCGACCCGUAUCUGAGUUUAUCGCGGCGACCCAAUGAGCAAUUCGCUAAGCUGCCAUCGCUCCAAAGCUCAGAUACCUGAAAACAGCUACGAGCAAACAAUCGUUUAACAACGAUGAUAUCAGUGUGUCAUAUUUUUUCGAAAUAUUUAUUGUAAGCUUGAUAUAGUGUAUAUGCAUUGUCGAAUAAUUGUCGUGUCAAUGAAAGACUCAGGUUUGUCCAUUCCUUACAUAUAUAGGAAAGAGCAUAUAUUUAUGUAUAUUCAAGAAGUCGGUGCUACUCUGCGCAGCAUCGGAAAAAGAACUAUGAAGGACUCUACAGACCGUAUGCUAGUAAUAAUGCGGUACUUAGUUAUACUAAAUAUUUUAGCCGUGUGCUGGGCCAGCAGUGAGGUUGAUGAGCAACAUCUUCGUGCUGCCAAGGAGGACCAUGCCGAAAGCGAAAUCCCGAUCGUGGAGGGUUACGGUGGUACGAUCGACAUAAAAGUGGAUUCUGAUGUGCUCAUUUUAACUAAUGAUAAUUUCGAUAUUAUAGUUAAUGCAAAACCUAUUAUCCUGGUGAAUUUCUACGCAACUUGGUGCGGCCACUGCAAGAAACUCGCACCAGAGUACGAACGUGCGGCGACACGCCUAAAGGGCAGCGAUAAAGUACCUCGAAUCCCAUUGGCGAAAGUGGAUGCCUCAGUUGAAUUGGAUAUAGCCAACAGAUUCGGAAUAACAGGAUAUCCUACGUUGCUCGUGUUUCAGAAGGGUGUGCAUAGAGAAUACGAGGGAGGGAUGACGGCAGAGGCCAUUGUUGAAGAAAUGAAGAAGCUCACUGAUCCAAAUUACAAGCCACCGCCAACUGUUGUCAAGGUUUUGGUCAUGCACAAUUUCACCAUUGCGCUUGCUAGGGAAAAGUUGGCACUCGUUGAGUUUUACGCGCCAUGGUGCGGACACUGCAAACAACUGGAGCCUGAGCUUGAACGCGCUGCUCGAACUCUCGCAUCUCGUCCGGAUCCCAUCCCGGUAUUUAAGAUUGACGCUGUCGCAGAAAAAGAUCUUGCUAAGGAAGAGAAUAUCCCAGGCUAUCCGACAUUGUUUGUGACACGCUAUGGUGUCAAAUUCCGUUACGAUGGUCCAAGAGACGAAAGUGGAAUCGUCGACUAUAUGAUUGAUCAAGGGAAAUCACCUAGCGAAUAUCUCGAGCGUCAACCUCAGUUAAAAAAUCACGUGAAGCGGACAGAAACGACGUUGAUUGUGGGGGCGUUCGAGUCGCUCAAAUCAAAAUUCUUCGAAAGAUUUCUUGAGGCCGCCAAUUUCGAACGAGGAAAUUUCACUUUUGUGCAUACUGAUAAAUUUGAUGUAGUCAAUGCUGUUCUCGGCCUCAAAAAAAUGGAUAUAAUCGCUCUACUUCAGCCUGAAUGGCUUCGGUCACAAUUUGAGACGGUCCGCUUGGUAUACAACCAUGCCAAGGCACAGUCACGUGACUUGCAAGAUUGGUUUCAUGCGCACAGCGUUCCACUUGUCGGACACCGCACCCGGAAAAACCUCUGGAAAUACAACAAAUAUCCAAUGGUUGUCGUAUACUAUGAUGUAAAUUUUUCCCACGAGUACAGGGCCGACACGCAGAUUACUCGAAGGCACGUUUUGAUGGUAGCGCGGGAUUACCGAGACUACCACUCGGAUGAGGAAUUGACGUUUGCUGUUUCUAACGAAGAGACAUUCAUGGAUGAACUUGAGAUGCUGAAGCUUGCAGAUAGUCCAGCCGAUGUUAACGUAGCUUUUUACGCCAGUCCCAAAGAACGUUAUGCUAUGGAACCCGUGGAUGAUUUUGAUGCAGGUGUACUACGGAAGUUUAUUGAAGAUGUUCUCGAAGGUAAACUUAAGCCAGUACGAAAGUCCCAACUUGCACCCAAAAAGCAGACUGGUUUAGCCAGGAUCGUGGUUGGGUCAACUUUCGAGGCGGAAGUUUUAAAGGAAAAGAAGGACAUUUUUAUCUUUUUCUAUGCACCAGACUGUGGACACUGCAAAAAUUUCAUGCCUGAUUUCAAGAAGAUUGCUAAAAAAUAUAACGGCACGAAUUUAAAGGUAGCCAAACUGGACGCUGCACACAACGAGUUUCCUGAUGAGUUCGCCAUUACUGGAUAUCCAACUCUCUUCUUUGUUCCCACUGGUGAUAAGAAGAAUCCUGUGAAGUUCGUUGGGGAAAGAAAUUUUGAAAAUGUUAUAGACUUCAUAGAGAAGAAUCGAAACGGGAAAAGCGAGCCGAGGAGCGAACUCUAAACGUUUUAGCUGUUAUGAUUGAGUAGCCAUACUGUAGAAAGGGUCGAUAUAAAGUUAAUGAUGCAUGACAUUUUCUCGUUGGUAGCCCAUUAGCCCAUUUGCCUAGAAGCAAAGAUUAUCUGUGUAGUUCAUCUUCCAUCUGUCAAAACUUACGUAUUUUUUGCGUAACAGAUGUGAAGAUUAAAAGAAAUGUACUUAGCAUUAAUGAGAACUAGUUGAGCUAGGUGAUCUGAUGAAACAAUGAAGUUCGUGAGUAACGUUGAAUGGUCAACGAUCUUUAAUGUAGCGUAUUUUUUUCCACAACAACCUAAAGACCCAUAUCGUGUAAGGAUGGAACUUAGAGGCACGAAUUUGAAGGUAGACUUCUUUUGUUCUCUGAAAGUCGCUUUAGAGAUAUUUGUUCAUACGUAGCGAUGGUGGACGCCCGGAGUACACAUGAGAUUAUCUUAACUGCUAUAUGUUGCGGAGAAAAUGCAGGGAGAGGGGCGCGAGAGGGGCGGGGGAAGGGGGGGGGAUGGGUGACUAUGAAAAAAGCUGUUACUAUGUUAGUUUUGCUAAUGCGCUCAUUAAACGAUUUUUCUAUUGUAAUAUACAUAUCCCGUAAGAAUGGUAGUGUAUGUUUUCUGUAUCGAGACAUAUAUGAUGAACGAAUUUUGCGCUGACGGUAUCUCAUCAUUAUAGAACGUUCUAAAUAUUUUCGGCAUCUAAAUAUUUGUUUCGAAAUAUGAUUUUCGGCAUGAAAACGGAAAGAUUCUGCUCGAGCAGACGUCUAUGGCGAGAACGUGACUGCUGUUUUGUGCGUAUGUACUAAUAAUGCAUUAAAAUCGAUAUUCUGGUGGUUUUUACACAACGUUAUCACUGGUACCGGCUAUGUACAAGCUAAACAAAUUUUAUAUAAAGGUGAUAAAUAGAAAGUGAGUAUCAAGGUCAGCACCACGGCAAAUUUUUUACUGCAACAUAAAGCAUAGGAAACCAAUGUGUUUUAUUUUAUGCUGUCAUCGUUAUCGGCCUAACAUUGUUUAUAUUUUACUGUCCUUUUAAUUGGCGCUCUACUUAACGUGAGCAAGUGAACACAGUAUUGCAAGUUUUGCUAUAUCUAUUUAAUACCGUUUUACAUACCGAUGGCGCGAAACUGUUAGGUGGAGUAGUCAACAGUAAAAGUGCGUUCUAUAACAUAUAAACAAUUUUAUGAUAAUUUAAUAAAGAUAUACAUGCUUUUCAUCCAAUAUUCAUAGUUUUCAAUGUAUUUCCUAUUUUUUAUCGAAAAGGCAUGUAUAUAAAAUAGUAUCCGCUCGUCAUACCUCGUGUUGUGCCACUCCUGUUUUUUUCGUAAACUAUAGCCUCAUCAUUUGUGAUUUUCAAAAUUCGGAGUCAUUGGUUCGCAUAUGAGGUCUCAGCUUGUGCCUUGCGGACGCUAAAUUAAAGACAUACUACAGCACUUGUCUUGCCACGGUCCACCGGAUGAAGUCAGAUUUGCUGACUAAAUUUACGCUUACAUUCAGGCAUUCGGUGACGUCGACAAUUAUAGAUUUUCACCUUAUUUACCACAAAACGAUAACCGCAUUUUCAUCCAGUCCGGGCCUUUCUAAGUCCUUUCACUUUGUGUGUCUGUCCCUAUAAUUGUUCGCGCGGUUUGUGUAUCUGUAAGAAUGAAAUUAGGCAUAAAUAUAAUUUCAUUCAUGCUAAAUUCCCUUCCUAGAUAUAUGUAACCUGGAUUCAUCCCUCGUUACCGGUUGUUGCCUUUGUGAGUCUUUGUGGGUUUGAGACUCUUUGGGAUAACAUGUUGGCUCAAUGCAAUACCCAUUGAUCUCUUGUAACAUUUUCGGGUCACUGAAUUCGUGUUUAAUUUUUGCUAUUAUUAUUAUCGUUAUUUUCCAUUGGCAAUGCCGUCACAUCGACCUACGAGAAGCCAAAUUCAAAAAUUCUGAUUUUAAUGUCUAGCUAUAAUGUGGAACUCCAGGUUUUACAUACCUGUGGCUUUUUCUACCUACACAUAUUUGCGAAGUCUCUUUCCCUAUAAAAAUCUAGUUCUGUAUACACAUAUAUUUUUCGCUAACUAGGUUGUAAUAAGCUUAAAGCAUCUACAUUUGUUCGCCAUAGUUGCUUAUAACUAAUUUGGCCUUACCAAUUUUGGUAUCAGUUACGCACUCUGAGGUUCUUUUGGUCAGUUGUCGUUUCGUUGUCUGUUUCUGUGUAUGGAUAUCAGCCUCUGUAUCAGAUUUUUAUUUAAGUAAAUACAUAUUCCGUAACUAGUACAGAACUCCUCUGAAUGUUCGCGGUUUUAGCCUCUACUUUUGGAUAAAACUGAAUCGGAUUAUUGCAACAACGUUUUAUCGGUGGCCUUUUGCGACUGGAUAGCCUACCUUCAACUAGAACUCUGAUUUUCAUCAUUUUAUUUGAGCCCACAACUGAAGCUGGAAUAUGAAGUAUUAGGUGGUUAGGUGAGUGGAAGUUAAUUGUGGCAAGCCGUAGUCUAACAAAGGUUUAUAUUGUAGUUUUUUACUUAAAUGCUGGCAAGAAAGCGACCAAUGCAAGUUCGAUCACAUAAAUUACAUAAACAGUUAUAAUCUCACAAACUGCCAAGUAUGAUGGGAUUAUGUCGAACCGCCGCACGGCCUUCGGAUUCGCAUUCGCCUUUUUUGUUCGAAGUGACUGUUUUUUCGAGUCGCAGAAAAGUCCCCGUUUUGUGACGUCCUUGGGUGUCUUGCUUCUAAUUGCACAAGGCGCGGUGGAUUAUCGGCCACGGCCUUAGCAACGAUAUCAGGUCCAGUUAAAUUUAAAUACACAGCACUUAUUCGUGAGUGUUCCGCGGUUUUCCUUAUGUCCAUACUCUUUUUUCUUAGUUUUUUUGCAAUUCCUUGAUUAACCCCCCAAUGCUACUCCUGUGCUUAUCACCGUCUCUACGAACUCUGCUAAUAUGCUGUCUGCAGUUAUGUUUCGCCUUUAACGUGCACUUAAUAUGUUGUUGAGAUCAUUUAUUAUUAUUAAAUAAAAUUUAAUAAUCUAAAAGAUACGAUUUCUGCCGAUUUGACGGUGUGUUUCAGCUACUUUUCGGUUUGGCAGACCAUUUAUUUUGCCCUUGGCCUUCGGUAGUAGCGAGUACCGAUUCCUCACUCCUAUAUCAUCCUUGACUGAAGUUGACAGUUCAUAUCUACACUUUUUGUUUUAUUUGUUCCUCGUUAUGUGGGUGUGAUUCUUUUAUCACUUUCUACCAACACAGCUGACAUGGCCGGGUGUCAUUCAACACACAUCUGAGACUUGAUCUGUUCCACCUAUAUCGUUAUUGAACUCCUUCCUAUUUUCUUUUCAGCCGCUAAGUGCUUUCAUUCGUACCACGGCGCACCUAUUCUGUUUCAUGCUCCAACUUUUUCCCUAGGGCUUUCCAGCGAUGUUUUCACUGUAUCAGUUGUUGUAACCAAAUGCUGCUCGACUUCUGCUGCUUUUGUAUAAUACUAUAUACAUAUUUCGGUAUUUUUCCGGUAUAUGUUAUUUUGUUUUCUGCAAAUUGUUUUUAUUCUCUCGUUCAGUAGUACGAAGGAGUGGGAAAAUUGAGUUUUUCAACUUUGUCAGAAAUCGCUGGGAACAAUUUGGAUCUAUUAUGCCUAAAUUGUCGUUGGGUUUCUAGGCUACCUAGUGCAAAGCCACAGAUAUUCUACUACUCGAGGUUUUUGCCUACUAUAGAUAUCUGUAAAAGCAUCAAAACGUCCACCUUAUUUCCUCCUCCUAGAAUACAGUUUAAUUUUCAUAUAUGAUGGUUUGUACGUAGUGAAGGUACUUCAUAGGGAGUUCUUUGUGAAACAGAUAAUCCUCUAACGAGAGCAUCCUUAAAUACGCUUAUUUAGCUCUAUUUUUAGUCUGCCUACUUUCAGUCUCCCUCAGUCUACUUGCCUAAAUUUCUCAUAAAUAAGUUGCUAGGUUGCACAUUGUACAAAACUCUUAUUAUGGGUAAAAUGCAAGCUGGCCCAACAAAUUCCGGUUGUGUUUUGUCGUGGGGCAUCCUUCCAACAAAAGAUUACGUGGUACCGCAUUCAUUUCCGAAAUGUGUUUAUCAUGAAUGCGUGAUGUUUAAACAAAAAAGGUUGAUUUUCAAUGGUUAUAACUAACCAUUUCAAGCUUGACUACACGGAACUGUUUGUUUGUCUAAAUAUCCGUAAAGUAUGAAGCCAAUGAGCUCCUAUCGCGGUACUAAUGCAGUAGGUAAGCUCGACUAUAACAAGCACAGUCUGAGCCCUUAAUGGCGGCGGCCAAGCCUCACCACCCCUGCUAAUUUUCAGACAUAUGGUAAGUAUUAUGGUAAUUCAGGGCUAAGUAAUUCAUAAGUAUAAAUUUGAAGCAAAAUCUAUACAUUACGUAGAAAUUCCUUUGUAAGAUACCUAUGGCGUCUGUGCAGAGGUUAAGGACGCGGUGGCUAAUUUCAAAAUGCUUUCAUUUUAAGGAAGGCAGCUAAUACUAUAUAAUAAAAACAAAAGAAGUUUGGAAACAAACAAUGUCUUUGAAAUGCUAACACAACACGCGUGUGUGAUGGAUGCGUUAAUUCCAAUUCAACCUAUACGGAGCACCAUUGCAUAGCUUAUACGCUUAAACAAUGUUGAGGGUCGUAGAGCUAAAGUCUAUGUACAAAGCACAUUAUUUAGUAUGGUGGUUUGGGCCCUGCUGAGAAAACCCGACUACCUUUAAUGAACCACAAGAAAAUGUCUAGAUACAAUUAAUACGUGCAGUGCAUUUAUAGAUUUAUAAUGAUAAACAAUGUUCAGCUUGUUGUCGUAUGGUCAACUAUUUUUUUAUUUUUUAAAUCGAUGACUGCGACCUCCGAAGGUGACGCUUACAAAAUCCCUAUAUCUUUAGAAGACAGUCGAAGGUAGGAAGUUCAGCUCAGGUGGGUGGCUUGCAGAUUUUGAAUAGGCUUCGGUGUAGUUCAGAUCCAAUUGUGGUGGAUACCAUGUCAUAUUAUGCACUCGAAUUCCAGCAAAAAAAAUGUUUCUUUUUAAUUUUUUUUUUCUUUUUUAAAUAAGCCUCUGGUGACUCUCGGCACAAAAGCGUGUCUUGGAAGCGAGUGGAAAAUACGCGUCGGUAAUGGUGCACCGGGUUUUGCAUCUCUUGGACAUGGGGUCUGGUGCUAAGCAAGAUGAAUGUUAGUAAACUGCGUUCAAUAUAAAUCUUGAAUAUACUGUCGCAGCCAUCAAAUAUUUUGCCUACGUAGUGCGAUGUAUACGAGUGGUAAGGACGGCUUCAAGCAGCGCAAGCGUGGUACAGCGCGUCUUAUAAUAGAUAAACUUGUCAAGCACACACCCAUAAGGCGGUGGUCGUACAAGUGUUGCUCAAGUGCUUUUGAUAGAAAAGUUGUGCAUGUAUCGGCCGUUUGUUGUUCGCUUCGUUCCGUGUUUUCUAGAAUGGACUCACGAUAGCGGUUUUUCGCAAACACGGAACUUCGAAGGCAGAAACUCUAGAUGUGAAGCGGACUGACUAGCUCUGUCGUUAGCUGGCCGGAGCAAGCACUUGAAAACCUCAACCAGAAAACACUUGUUUAUCAAAAGACUUCGACCACGCGCAGUCGGCAAAAUGCGGACUUCGGUUUUCGAUGCCAUGUAGCACAAGUUCAAGAUGAUAGGCUCGCGCAUGCUGACCUUCCGGCGUUUUAAAACACACCCUAUUGUCGUGGUGGCAGUUACCAACACUGCUGUUGGAUGCUCUGCACAACGGGGGCCAUUUUUCUUCAGCGACGGAUUCGCAGAUUCUUGGUCAGCGUACCGGCGCACUUCGAUGGCUUUCUCUUGCAAGUCGACAUACAUCGCGACAGUGUACGCACUCGCGUGCUCUAAUCUAUAUCCAUUUGUCCGGAAAUAAGCACGCCAUGACAGGUUGGGAAUAUAAUAAUAGGUUAUGAGCUGAAGGAUUAGUCGUGAUUUUUUCGGACUGACCCGAUGUGAGGAUGUACCCAUUAGCCGUCUAUCCUUUUUGCAACGUGCGUAUUAGCGCUACCCAUCGAGGACUUGCCUUUGGGUGCACCUUAUUGAUGCACUAGAACUGAUAUUUUUAAACAGGGGCAUACGGCUUGCGAGUUUGCAGUGCUGCCUAGCGUCACAAUGGCAACGCAGCUAAAGCUUGCCGCUCCGGUUUGUCUUGCUUUAACAAACGCAGUCUAAAGACUCUGCGCGUUGAUAUAUUCUCUCUAAACAGCAACAGGUGUUCCUUUUUGCUUGGUCGGUACGCAGCUUUUUUCGGAGGAAAAAGGUUGUAUAGUUCUCCGUUGGAAAUUUGCUAUGUAGUCGUGUCGUGCGCACGUAAACUGAACCACACCUGUGACGUUUCUCGCAGAAACCGUUAUGCUUCUCGUCGGUUUACCACGUGCUAUCUUCACUCACACGCUCUAAUUGCUCGACCCGCCUCCUGGGUCGUGAAGUGCAUGGGGCGAUCCACGUCACCCCAUGCACUUGACGACCAGGCUGCUCGUGCUCAUAUCGCCAGCCGCCUCACUUUUGAAGCGGGCUGUCUUGGUGUUGGCGUUGGUUAGCAAGAACGAGCACCUUAUAACUACGCGUUUUGCGCUCAUGUAGCCAUAAACGUGUAUGUAUUCAAAUACGUAUGCUAUAACAUUUCGAGUAAUCCGAAAAAUCAUAGCAAAGCUAUGCUACAGGUCUUAGGUACAUGGUAAUGUUUAUUAAGUUAGGUUUUUAGAUGUAUCUCAGGCAACAAGCCGGUACUCAAUCAGCGUCACCUCUGCUGCAAUCAUAAAACGUCCUGGCAGUGCGGCACAUAAAAGUCCUUAUGUACUUCCAGAGGAGAAAUAACUUUUUUCUUUGCAGGGAGGUGCUGAAUCUAAGGAAUUAAAAAUCGGAAGCCAAUUGCAGUUGAGCUCCGAUCAGUCCCGUAUAUAUGUUAAUACCGGAUACAGCCGUGCUUCCGAACUGGCCCGAAUAUUAUUUGGCAGUGUUUUCGAAGUGAGCCAGAUCAGUAAGAUCAUCGAGGGUUACUAUGAGCAGAACGUCUUUCAAUAAACCGAUUUUACCCGAGAAGAUAUUCUCAUAUUAGUGUAUUUGCGUAGAUUAAACGUUUUGCGAAGUGCCAGUAGAUCGUGAGGCAAGGGACCGGGUCUCCUAAUAUGUUUGUCUGUCCUUUGAGGAGGAAAAUGGAUUGAAAAGGUAAUAUGAAAAGGCGUUCGUACUCGUAAUACAAUGUACACUCGGCUAAAUUGUCACGUACAAGAACUGCCAAGUACAACGCAAUGAUGGUCUGACGUACAGGAUGUAUGUCACAUAAAAACGGCACCAUCAGAGUUGACCGGUGACCAACGGUCGACUCCAAACAGGGUGACUAAACAAAAUUCUCGUCGAGACCAUGAACUUUUUGAGGUACUCAAACUCGACUGUAAACGGUAUUGCGAAUAGGUGCCCAACUGCAAAAGGAGCAGAAGCAAGCUUUAGGCCAGCAUAACGCAAAGCCCACCCGCUACGAGAGCAACGGUGGCUGCUUGUGCUUUAUAGGAUGCACCUAUCGCGUAAAGGUCAUAAGGUCGGAAGUGCGUGAUUCAGAGAAAGAAUUAAUAUAGAGCCGAAGCAUGAAUGCUAAUCUUUUAAUUUGCGUAACUAAUAAUAACCCCAUAGAUACACAAAUUCUUAUUUGAGGAGUUUAGAACAGUACACACUUCACUUACUUAUCAGAAUAUCUUAUUCUCAAUUUUCAACCUUUACAUGUGCCAAAGGGCUAAAUUUAGUACCUUUUUCGACUGGGGUACGAGCGUUAGAGCGGUACCAUGAACGAGUACUUAGGUUCAAGCUGUAUCCGUGCUAUCAUUUGAGUCUUGAGUCGUAGCCAAAAACGAUGGAGCUGGGAUUCAAGAUGCUCAAUGUCCAAAUAAAAUAGAACUUGACCUAAAUUAUGCUAGCUUUAAAAGGUGAAGACUCAGUAGUUUUAACUAACAAUAAACAUUUAGACCGCUCAGGUCCCGUAAUUCGCUUUCAAAUACAAAUCACCAACCCUUUGGCUAUUAUCCAGUUUCCAAACCAGUGCUAAAACCUCAAUCACCGCUGUAGUCUUCGUACUGAUCUGUGGUACUCUGUCAUGGUUUUAGAGAGUUGUACGUAGAAUUUUCGGUUAAAUCAUUUUUAUGACAUUUACUGAGGUGAUCUUAACGUUUCUCGUGAUUUUAAGGAAGAUAGCCUCUUAGGUGAAGAAUUUUACUUAGGAGCAAUAGGGUUGCAAAUCACAGACACGAAACGAUGCGUCUCCAAGCCAUGUUUGUGCUCCGAGUUGCUUCAUUCCUGAUAUUACUCGAUCAAGAUCGAUCCAAAUUCAUAUUUUGUUCCAACAGCGCCACCAUAAAUGAAACAUGUGCGAUACUGAUUAAUUAUCUACGUUACUAUCAGAUGACCUAAAGUAAGAGCGAGUGGCCUUUCAUUAUUGGAUGUGUUCCAAAUGCUGGGCUAGAAAGCAAGAACUGAUAUCUAGCUAACGACGUGGUACAUUGAAUGCAAUCAACUGCAGGAUUUUUUUGAGCAUACUAAGCGAAGGAGCGCCGUUUCUGCGAUUGGCGGUCAAGGCCUUGCCAAGACGACUAAAUCAACCAAGAUUUUAAACUCCAACGGCAAAAUCGCUCAUUCUAUAAACGUUAAAUCAAUCUAAUAAACCACUUUGAACGGUAAGCCACCCCGCUUGCCACAGGACUACCUUCUCCUUGUGGUAUCCUUAAUAUGGUCUUAGUAUCAGUACGUACUUGUGCUUAUCUAUUUUAUGCUGUUUGCAAUAGCGGUUCCGUAUCUUCUUAACGUCAUCUCCUGUCACGUGACAAUAUCAGCAAUAAAAAUCAACUUUAUUUGUGUCUCGAUACAGCAAAGAGAGAGAAAGCCAACUGUGCCCCGUAUUUGUGUGCUUUCCAAUUCCUCCAGUGAGGAGUUGCUGAUACUCAGCCAAAUCCCUGUCUAGAUGGGUAGGCUCUACAAAACGGCUAGAUAUAUGAAAAUUUAAGUAAUAUCCAUAUGCCCAGUUGCAGAGGUUGUUGUCUCUUCUCGUUUUGCAUAUAGGUAUCGUUCUACGCUAAUUACUAUUAAUUGUCCAGUAUACGAAACAGGAGAUCGUUUCUGCUAGCUGCUUGUCAGAUGGACUGUCCCUUUGACACUGUACUAAUAGCAACAUUAAUCG